GAUGUACAUUUAAUAUCAUAUGAUGGUUAUGAUAUGAAUGUACGGUUCACGAUAAACAGGCAUGAAAAAAUUGCAUAAUAUUUUAGAGAUCACAUCAAACACUGUCUAAAGUAAAUUUAUAAUUUUCUGAGUUUUUAACAUUCUCAAGUGAUGCCAAAAGAGAAGUUGUUUUCAACUUUUUUAACAGUGUCUUUGCUGGUAUCGGUUUGUGUGGGACAAAAUGUUUUGAAUAAAGAAGAUUGCGAGGGUGAAGCUGACGUCGUAUUUUUGGUUGACGCAUCGUCAUCUACUACGCCUAGCGAUUUUUACAACUCGUUGAAUUUUGUAAGAGACAUCGUGAACAACUGGUUGUAUGUUUCUCCUGAUUCCACCCAUGUCGGGCUGUCAACGAUCAGCUCUACAGGGAAGUCUGAAAUAUUUUUGACUGACUACACUGAUUCUAAUUUUUUGAGUUCAGCUAUUAUCGGUAAGCCGGUGUUUCGAGGGGGGAUUGGAAACUUGAAAAGUUCCCUUCAGUUGGUAUCAGACGAAGUUCUCAGGACCAAUAAUGGAAUGCGCUCAUGGGUAGCAAAAGUCAUAAUCCUUGUUGUUUCAGAUACUUUGAUUCUGCAGAAUGACUAUUUUAGAAGUGAUCUCAACCGACUAGCGUUGGAUCUCAGAAGUUCAGGCAUAAUGAUCUUAGCAAUGGUGUAUGGAAAUUCACAAGACCAACUAAAAGUCAAUUCAUUGCUGGAUGAAAUUCUACCGUACCCAACAAGCAAUUACAAAUAUUUUUUCAGAAAUGGCUCGUUUGCUGGACCUGAUAUGAUGGGCUCCAUACAGCAACUCUGCAAAGAAAUCCCUGCUUGCUCAGGGCAAGCGGAUAUUGUAUUUCUAAUGGAUUCAACUGGAACAAUUUAUCCUUCGGAUUGGGAGGCCGAUGUAAAGUUCGUCAGCUCUGUGGUUGAAAACAUGUACAUCAGCUCGCAAGCCGUGCGUGUCAGUGUUGUCAGAUUCAACAUCGAACCUACGAGAUUUUUUUGUUUGAAUAAUUACAACAAUAGGUAUGAAAUAGUUGAGAAAGUCAACAAAGAUGUGGUUUAUAACAACGGAGGAGGAACUAACACGGCACUUGCUCUUCAAUUUGUUGUGGAGCAGGUGUUCACAGCAUCGUGUGGAUCGAGACCAGACGUACCAAAAAUUGUUAUUAUUAUUACCGACGGGACAUCCAACAUUGACCAGGUAAAAACCAUCCCAACAGCCAAAAUGUUAAAAGACAAAGGAAUUCAAAUAUUUGCGAUUGGUGUAGGAGACAUUGACGAAGCGGGAAGGAAUGAGUUAAUCGGCAUUGCAUCUAGUCCGCCAAGUUCAUAUUUUUUUAAGGUUAAUGAAUUCGCAGACUUGAAGUUCCUCAAAAAUACUUUAGUAAAGAGAACGUGCAAACUGCCACCAUCGAGUUGUAGCAGUUUGUUGGAUCUCAUAUUUAUUUUGGAUACUUCGGGAAGUAUAUUUCUUAAUGAUUACAACAAGGAAAAGUUGUUCAUCAUCGAUCUUAUCCGAAAAAUGGAUGUAGAACUAGGUUUUACAAAAAUUGGUUUUAUGACUUUUGACACACAGCCGAAUGAAAUCUUCUCUUUAAGAACGUCAAGUAACACACAGGAUUUAAUAAAUCUUGUUCAGUCCGCUCCUUAUACUGGAGGUGUCACAAAUACUAAUCUAGCGCUCAAAUUCUUGAGAGAAACAGCAUUCUCUGAAGAAAGAGGUGCGAGAAGGGGUGUCGCAAAAGUGGCUCUUUUAAUGACUGACGGAGCUGCAAAUAAUUUUACUGCAGCAACGCAAGAGGCUGUAUUGACGAGAAAUGCCGGUAUUGACAUAAUUUCUUUAGGCAUAGGAAGUAUGAUUAACAAAAACGAGCUGCAAACAAUGUCUUCCUAUCCGAGUGAGAAGAACACCAUUUUUGUUGAAUAUUAUGACCUUCUGACAACUGCAUCUGAUCCGCUGCUUAAACUCAUUUGCAAUCAGAUCGACAAUUGUUUGAGUAAUCCGUGUCUUAAUGGAGGUACAUGUCAGAGUGGUCUGAACAAUUUCUACUGCAAAUGCCCGGGUAACUUCACUGGCCCUAAAUGCGAAAAAAGAUGUACGAACUACGUGGACCUCGUUGUGGCACUGGACUGCUCAUCGAGCCUUCUUUAUUCCGAUUACAUUCAGGCCCAACUUUUUACGCGCAAUCUCAUCAUCAGUCUCAACUUGAAUGUAGGCAGUCGCGUUGGAGCUCUCAUAUUUUCCGACAAAGCUGAAAUUCAAUUUCAGCUGAAAACUUACACUGACACGAAAUCUGCUCUCAAUGCGGUCAACUUUCGAUUCGUUGAAGGCUCUACGAACACCGCAGAAGCAAUCAGAGUAGCCAGAAUGGAAAUGUUCCAACCGUACAAUGGGGAUCGACUCAAUGCACCUAAUGUUUUACUGCUUAUAACCGAUGGCCAGUCAAAUGUGCAGAACAGAACGUUGGAUGAAACGAGACUGGCCAUGAACGCCGGCAUCACAAUAUUGACCAUCGGCAUUGGAUCGUACGUUAAUGUCGACGAACUUUCAAGAAUCACCAGCUUCCCAAUUUCGGCCAACAUGUUUGUCAUCAGAGAUUACUUCCAACUGACUGACAUUGUUACUCCCCUGUCUAAUGUUCUUUGCAGAGAUGUGGACGCGUGUGCAUCAAAUCCCUGUCAAAACCGUGGAACGUGUCGAAGUACCAUAAACAGUUUUUCCUGUGAUUGCCCCACUGGCUUCAUAGGAGACACGUGCAAUCUGCCUUGUGUCAACCAGAUUGACGUAGCUUUCCUUAUUGACGUGUCUCAAGACAUGCAGCCAGAGAUCUACAAAAAUUUGACGGAUUUCAUCAAAGGCUCUAUCAGGCAGAUGGAUGUUCAAAGCGGGAAAACGCGGGUUGCAAUUGUUGAAUAUGCAGAACAUGCUAAGGUGAUAAUUCCUCUGUCUUCCAGCACAACGAUAUACGAUUACAUGUUUCUCACCGAUCAGCUGAGUUUUGGAGUGGAAAAACGAAUGAUAUCCAGCGGUCUCAACCUUGCCAUCAACAAUGUCUUCACUGCCAGUAGCGGGGACAGAGCGGACGCCACGAACAUCGCAGUCAUCGUGACCAGAGGACUGCCUCACGCUUCUGAUACAGAUGUCAUGUCGGUUGCUGUGAAAGCUCACGUUGCUGGCAUUUCGACCAUCGUUGUUGUCGUUGGACCGGAUUUCAUUCUUGGAAGAAAUUAUCUGCAAAUGAGCAACUUGGCCAGCGAGCCGAUUGCUUACAAUUACUUUUCGGUCUUAACGUUUGGUCGCUUACCUGCGCAGGCCAGUCUCGUCUCUGCCUCCAUGUGCAACAACGUGUCAAUGUGCUCCUCUCAGACGUGUUUCAACGGCGGCAAAUGCGCGGAGGGAUUGAACACUUUCACAUGCUCGUGUUCCGGAACAUUCUCAGGCUCAAGAUGCGAAAAAACCUGCAACUCGCUGGACCUUGAUGUCGUCUUUCUGGCUGACGUCUCUGGUAGUUUGGAGUUGGGAGGUUUCGACAUAGCCACAUCAAUUAUGAAGCGCAUUACAGAGGGACUCAACUUCAGAUACGGUCGAACUCGUAUGGCUUACGUAACGUUUGCUAACGAUCCUACAACAGUUUUCAACUUCAACAAAUACCUUGGUGUUGAUAACAGUCAGAUUUUUGUCAGUGCCCUCAACAUUUACCAAGUUUUAGAGUGGACGAAUAUUGCAAAAGCUCUUCGACACGUGAACAGCAACGUGCUGAGACCUGAGGUUGGCCAUCGGAUGGGUGUUCGAACCGCUGUGGUUGUCAUCAGCGACUUCAAACCAACUGUCGAUAUUCUCGCCACUGCACCUGCUGCCAACGAACUGAAGGCAGCGGCUGAAAUAUUCGGCGUCGGCUUGUUAGAAACCCCUGACGAGGAAACGAUGAGGAUGGUAGCCAGCAGUCCCGAGUAUGAUUAUACGUACAAAGUCUCCUCUACGUCCUCCGUUGCCAGUGCCGCCGACAUGAUUUUGGAGAAGUUGUGCCAGUAGGCUAGAAUGGGAGGCCGAGUUUAUUAUUUUUUAUAUGUAAAUAGUUUCGUUUUGUUCAUUAGUCAAAAUUUGUGUAAAUUAUCAAAUAAAAUUGAUUAAACGUUAAAUAUUAUAAACAUUUUAGCUAAGUUGUUGUUUUCAAAUCGCUUCUUGUUAAUAUCGUUAUAGAAUACUGGCGACAUUAUUUGCCAAACUUUUAAUCAUAGCUAUAUGUUAUAAACAUGUUGCACAGCGUUUGCCUAAUUUUCCAAGUCUUGACAAUAAACAACAUUCUUGCAGAACUACAGCUGAUAUAUUUGUUUGGUUGGGAUUGAGGACCAUUUUUAUGUUAAUGAAUUGCAGUUCGUUGGCUGAUGUUAAAAACUGACGAUCGUUCCACCAUUGUCUUGUUUUGUUUAGAUGCAACAACGAUAUGAUCACGCUUGUUACGCAUGUUGUUAAAUUUUACUUUUGCUAAACAUAACGAGGUUUGAUUAUCGCUGGCGAUAUUUAUUUUUGUUGUCAUCAUUACAAAUUUAUUUCUGACAU